AUGGCCGGGACUGUGAAACAACCGUUACCAUUGGCGCUGCUUCUGCUGACGUGCGUGCUAACUGUGACCGUAGAGUGCUGUCCAGAGGAGAGAAGAUGCUUCCCGGACGACAUUGUACAGGUCACCUGCCAAAGCAACUCCCUCCCCGAGUGGACGAAUGAGCCCAGCAUAAUUGACUGUAGCAUGUAUGUAACGUGCAUCAACGGGGUAGGUAUACAGAUGUGCUGUCCGGUGGGGGACUACUUCAAUCCUACCACCCUCGUGUGCGAUGAUGCGGGCAAUGUGGAGUGUAACAUCGAACCCCCACCGUGUACGGAUCCGACGACAACGGAAGCCACUACGAGUCCAACACCUGAAGUUACUACACGCCCGGAAGAAACUACCACUACUAUAGAAACAACAACAACUCCAGUGCCGGAAAUUACCACAACAACUGAAGAAACGACAACAACAAGUGAAACAACGCCAGAACCCACAACGCUCGAUCCAGAGCCCACAACAACGUCACCGGAAGAAACUACCACGCUGGAUCCAGGCGGAACAACUCCGUUGCCGGAAGAUACCACCACACUAGACCCUGAAGUGACAACCGAGUUACCUGGAACUACCACAACUAACGAUGAUACUACCACAGUAACUGGUGAAACGACAACCGUAGUCAGCGUAGAUUUGGACGCGCUAUGCGCUAGGCAGUCUACCGAUGGUCUCCUGGAGGUGGCUUAUCCCGGACAAUGCCACCAGUACGUGAUAUGUGCUGAUCGAGAGCUGGUUGGUACCGAGACAUGCCCGGCAGGAUUGCAUUUCAAUCCCAUACUGCUAGUUUGCGACUCUCCCGACACUGCCGAGUGCACCGAGCACAUCUGCCGAGACAAUCCUGAAGGCAGCCAAGUACCCAUGAAAAGCGUAAACACAUGUGAAAUAUACUAUAUCUGCGUCGGCAGCAUCGCAAUAGUACGACAGUGCGCUCCCGGUACGAUCUACGAUCCCAACAAUGACUGGUGCAUCGGCGAGGAUUUGGAGAACCCAUGCGUGGUAACUAGUCAAUAG